GCGCGCUGGGCGUCCAGCCGCGGGGGCGAGGGCCGCUGUCCCCGACGUGCGCAGGGCCGGACAGUAAUGCCGCGUCCCGGGUGGAGCGCGCUGCGAGCGCCGCCCUGGCGCCGCCUCCCGCUGCCCCGCCCGCCCGUCCGGCUGCGCGCAGUGUCCUCCCGCGAGCGCGGAGCGGCGAGCCCGGCGCGGCCAUGGGGAGUGGGAUGAGCCAGAUCCUGCCAGGCCUGUACAUUGGCAACUUCAAAGAUGCAAGAGAUGCAGAACAGUUGAGCAGGAACAAGGUCACACACAUUCUUUCUGUGCACGACACUGCCAGGCCCAUGUUGGAGGGAGUUAAAUACCUGUGUAUUCCAGCAGCAGACACACCAUCUCAAAACCUGACAAGACAUUUCAAAGAAAGUAUUAAAUUCAUUCAUGAGUGCCGACUCCAGGGUGAGGGCUGCCUUGUACAUUGCCUGGCUGGGGUCUCCAGGAGUGUGACACUGGUGAUCGCAUACAUCAUGACUGUCACCGACUUUGGCUGGGAAGAUGCCUUGCACACCGUUCGUGCAGGGAGGUCCUGUGCCAACCCCAACCUGGGCUUCCAAAGGCAGCUGCAGGAGUUUGAGAAACAUGAAGUGUACCAGUAUCGGCAAUGGCUGAGAGAAGAGUAUGGAGAGAACCCUUUGCGGGAUGCAGAAGAAGCCAAAAAUAUUCUGGGUAAAUAUAAAGAGCAAGGGCGCAUGGAGCCCCGGCCUAGCACCAGGCGGUGGAGCACCUUUUCAGCCCUGCCUCCUCUCACCUACAAUAACUACACAACAGAGACCUAACAAAGAGAGCUGGUGUUUGCCUUCCUGCUGCGGGUCUUCUGGGUUGCCUACCAUGUGCUGGUGUGCCUGGUGUGCUGGCUCCUGCCUCUGAGGACCACGAGAGGAGGUUGCAGCGAGGUGGAGCACUCAGGGCUCCUUCCCAGAACCCCGCCCUACUCAGGCUUUUUCACUCUCCCAUCUUCGCCCAAUCUUUUCCUCAUCUGAACUUGCCCAGCCUGGGAUGCUGCCCAGCCACUGUGUACUUCUUGUAUGUGUGCAAGAGCGUGAAUGUGCAUGUAUGUGUCUAAGAGUGUGCAUAUAUACCUACAAAUGUAUGCAUUGUGAACGAG